AUGUACGGCACGGUCACGUUUAAGCGCAACAUUUGGCACGGAGUGAUCGACACUCCAGCGUUCCAGCGCAUGCGGCACAUCAAGCAGCUUGGAACCGCGCAUUAUGUAUUUCCUAACUCGCUGCACUCGCGCUUCGAACACUGCGUUGGCGUUGGGCACCUCUCGCAACUCUACUACGACACUUUGGGCGCAAACAUGCGCAUCGCAGACCGUAUCCCGCGACACUUGUACGAGUCGCUGCGCGACUGUGUGACGAUCGGCGGGCUAUGCCACGACAUAGGGCACGGGCCGUACAGCCACACGUUUGAGACCUUCCUGCAGUCCUGGGUCCGCGGUGUCACAUCUAUCGUCGCCAACAACGUCAGCGGAAUCGACACUGACCGGCUGGACUACGUGCAACGCGACGGGCUUGUAUCGUAA